GGACCGGAAGUAAAGUCUGUAAACUAAAAAAAAUUGUAUGUGCGCAACGACUACAUAUUAAACCCCGCUUAAGAAAAUGUUYAAAAACACUUUUCAAAGUGGAUUUCUGUCCAUUUUAUACAGUCUUGGUAGUAAACCACUUCAGAUUUGGGACAAAAAGGUGAGGAAUGGUCACAUUAAGAGAGUCCCAGAUAAUGAUAUACACUCAAAUGUGUUGGAAAUUGAGGGCGCAAACGUCAGCACGACCUAUAUAACAUGUCCAGCAGACCCAAAGAAGACCCUCGGCAUCAAAUUACCAUUUUUGGUUAUGAUUAUCAAAAAUCAAAAGAAGUACUUUACCUUUGAAGUCCAGGUGUUGGAUGACAAAAAUGUUCGGAGACGCUUUAGAGCGAGCAACUACCAGAGCACCACUCGUGUGAAGCCGUUCAUCUGCACGAUGCCGAUGAGGCUGGAUGAUGGAUGGAACCAGAUCCAGUUUAACUUGUCUGACUUCACCAGGAGGGCCUACGGCACUAACUACAUGGAGACGCUGCGAGUGCAGAUUCAUGCAAACUGUCGAAUAAGGAGGGUCUAUUUCUCGGACAGACUAUACUCUGAAGAUGAAUUACCGGCUGAGUUUAAACUGUACUUGCCUGUCCAAAAUCAAAAGGCAAAGCAGCAGCAGUAAAGCUUUGAGCUKUGCCGUUCUCCACGUGUGAUGUGAUGUUUAGUUAUGAUUUAUGUUGUAUAGAUAGUAACUGGUUUUAUUUGUAAAAUUAAGGAUCAAAUGAUGUGUUUCUUUCUGCACAAUAAAGUUUUUUAUUGAUUGUAAA